UCUAUUUUCUCAGCUUUGACAAUGCCACCCCAAGAAAAAGAAAUUAUUGAAUAGGAAUUCUAUAAUACGGGUUUUGGAAUCAGUUGAGUUGACUUACUUACUUUGCGUGGGGUGCAAGUGGAUUUGGAUGAAUAUAUAUAGCGCACAGUUCAUAUCCUCAUAUCAGCAUCUGCAUACUAAGUCAGACUUCUAAAAUUCCAAGUCAAAUUGUCUCAUUCAUUUGCAGUACCUGAAUAUCUGUUCUGCACAUUGAAGUUAUACCAUUUGUAUGAACAUCAGGCAAAGCUAGCCAACACUAUAUGGGGGAAUUGGAAGCUAAUUCUACACAAAUGGCUCCGGUACUUGAAAGCGCAGGAGACAACAAUCGGUUGCAAGAAGUUUCCGGGCUUAUAAAGGAUGCUGAUGAAGAGCUAAAUUUGAAAGCUAGAAUUGAAGAGGCUGAGAAGCUGCUUGCAAAGACCAGGCAAGAUAAACUUGAGCUAACUGAAGGCAUAGGGCAAAGGGUGUGUGAUCGGAGCUCUACCCUUCUUCCUCGGUUGGAAAACUUGAAUUGGCAUGAAACGGAACUCGGAUACUUCUUGGCCCGGGAGAGGAAGAAAAUGAAUAUAUUGCAACUAUUUCUGCUUGGUUUCGCAAACAAAGCUCACCAAGGAAAACCAAUUAAGCCCUGCUUGCCAGGAGAAGAGAUAGCUAAACAUAAAUUGAAUUUCCGGAUGGGACAUGGAACCAACAGUUUGGCUGAGGAAAAACAGCUUCUAAAACAGAUCAUUGUGAGCCCGAAGGAGAUCAAUGUGAGCCCGAAAGAGGGUGUUGUUGGUUCAUUUUCCUCAUUGGAAAAUGAAUAUUAUGUGCUUUCUAAAAGUAAAACUGGUAAGGAGAUAGAUGGAUUAACUGAAUUACUAUUGGCUGUGCGGCAAAAAAUUAAGCUAGUUGAGAAAGAACUGAAGGUCAUUGAGAAAGAUAUAGAGUCCUUGCAGCAAAAACUACAAUCGAUGGAUCAGAGGAAAGGUGAAGCACACCAAUGCAUUCUCAAACAGAGAAAACAACUUUUGACCAAAAAGAAAAAAACAGAGAAAACAACUAAGUGAUGAGACAUGAUGAGUUUAUUUGGUGUGUUAAACGUUAAUGAGAACAAGACUUUGCCACUUGGUAGUUGACAAGUCCUUAUCUCAAGACGAGGAACUCCACCCACCAAGUACCAAACUACAAUACAAUGUGAUUGUAAGAGAUUCGAUUCGAGGUUCAACAUUUAGAGAUUAUGAUUUAAUGUAAUUUUGUAAUGUAAAAUUAUUUUAAAAAUAUUAAAAAUUAUGGUUUUUUUCA